AAAUGCAAAACUUUGUUCACAAAAUAUCCCCCCUAAGGGGAUGUUCUGUGUCUUUGUUGAUGUUUACUUUGUGUGAUAGCUGUCACAUAUUCUAUCCCCCAAUUCGACCUGUGGGGCCUACUAAUGGAAGACACCCUUCUCGACUUGCUACAUUCAGAAAUAAUUAACUACACCCUUCAAAAUGGGGAUGAAAAAGAUAAAAAGGAAGAAGACCUGUCCGGUUUGGAAUACAUUGGGUUUUCAACCGGCUACCGGAUAAUCGAGCGGUUGACGAAAGAAAUGCCCCGUUUUAAGGACGAGUUGGACACCAUGAAGUUCAUCUGCACUGAUUUCUGGUUGGCGGUUUACAAGAAGCAGAUCGACAACUUGCGGACAAACCAUCAAGGCGUCUACGUGCUGCAGGACAACGCCUUUCGUUUCCUCAGCAGGCUGUCCAGCGGCAAGCAGUACCUAGAAGCAGCCCCAAGGUAUGUGGCUUUCACUUGCGGGGUUAUCAGGGGCAGUUUGGCCAAUUUGAGCAUCCAGUGUUUGGUCACUGCGGAAGUGCAGAGUUUGCCUUCCUGCAAGUUUCACAUUCAAGUGCAGCGAAUGUAAAUGGAUCCAGCACAAUUUUUGUGCAAGGGUUUUGCUUGGUUUGUUACAGUGAAAACCUAGUCCUAGUUAAGUUCAAUAUAUGAUUUUUAAUAUUUA